AUGAACUCUGUGGUGGUGUCAGAUGGAGGAGGAAACCUAGUGGAGUAUGUUACUGUGGUGGAGGAGUCCCAGCAGCCCGCUGAGGAAGAGGAGGAGGAGGUGGUGGAGCAGGAUGGAGAGGCGGUGAUCAUGGUGGAGGAGGAGGAGGAGGAGGGGGUGGUGGUGCAGGAGGAGGAGGGCUCUCCCGCCGUCAUCGUGGAGGAGGUGCCCAGCGCCCAGGUGGAGGAGUGCUACUCGGCCCAGGUCCUGGUGUACGACGACGGGACGUACCUGAUGCAGGACGUGGCUGAGGAGCAGGAGGUGGUGACGGAGGUGGCAGAGUCCGUGGAGAUCAGCGGCCACGACAUGGUGUGUUUCGACAAGACGUUUGAGGCGGCAGAAGCUCUGCUCCACAUGGAGUCUCCUGGAGGCCUCCACAGCGAGCGCAGCACAGCUGAGGACGUGAUGAUGGAGACGGUGGUGGAGGUCUCUACGGAGUGCGGACCCAUCGAGGAGGAUGCCUUCCCCAUCGCUGCCGACUGCGAACCCGCUGCCAAGAAGAAGAGAGGAGGUGGGCGUAAACCCAGAACACAGCAGCCUGCCUCCAAUGGCUCCUACGACCUGGGCAUCAAGAAGAGGCCGAGGGAAGGAAAAGGAAACACCACGUAUCUGUGGGAGUUCCUGCUGGAGCUGCUGCAGGAUAAGAACACCUGUCCCAGGUACAUCAAGUGGAUGCAGAGGGACAAAGGCAUCUUCAAGCUGGUCGACUCCAAAGCCGUGUCCCGACUGUGGGGGAAGCACAAGAAUAAGCCAGACAUGAACUAUGAGACCAUGGGCCGGGCCCUCAGGUAUUACUACCAGAGAGGCAUCCUGGCCAAGGUGGAGGGUCAGCGACUCGCCUACCAGUUUAAAGAAAUGCCCAAAAACAUCCGAGUGAUCGAUGAAGACGAGGGAGGAAUGGAGAUGAAGGUGGAGGAAAGCGAGGUGAUGAUGUCCACUUCGCACCCGGGUCACCAGCAGAGCCCUGCCAGCCUGGGCUCCAGCUCCCCGGCCAGCUCGCAGCCUCAGCAGACCUACGUGACGGUGAUCCCCAGCAGCGCCGCCACCAGGCCCAUCCGCGCCGUGCCGCUGGUCAUGACCAACUCUCUGGGUCAGGUUACGCUGAACUCCUCCCCCAUCCUCACCACCGCCUCCGGGGUCCCGGUGAGCAGUGCUGCGCCCAAGCUGGUGAUCCAGGCGCUGCCCACGAUGCUGCCGGCCGGCUCCAAGGCGGGGGAGAAGAUCACCAUCAUCACCAUCCCAGCCAACCAGCUGGCCACGCUGAUGCAGACUAGCCCCCCCGGCCAGCUGACCCAGAUCAUCCAGGCUAAGCCUGUCGCCACGCAGACCGCCAUCAAACCGACCGCCGUCCAGCUGGCCCCGGGCCGGACCGCCCCCCAGCUCAUCCUGGCCAAACCGGCCGCCGUGGCCCAGCCUCUGCCUCACCUGUCCCUGCAGGUGAGCCAGGCGGCUCCCGCCCAGGCAGAGGCCGCCGAGCCGCCUCCGCUGUCCAGCCCAGCGCCAGCUGAGGAACCUUCGUCCUGAAGGCCCGGGUCGGACCGGGGGUUCUAGUGAAUGUGGACACUGCUCAGGAAGUGAAGGACACCCAGACCCCCCCGCCCCACCCACUGUAGCUAAGAGCUGCUUCCUGAUUGCCCCCCCAACAUGGGCGGCCUUGGAUUGUAAAUGAAUUUGUUCUUUUUUUUACCCCCAUCACAGACUCUGAAAUGUAAAAUGAAAUGUAAAAAGCUUUUUGAUACUCAGUUCAUGUUAGCUCCACAGCGCCCCCUGCUGUUCCACUCAGAACACUAUGCAAAGCCUGAAGGAGAAAGUUUAUCUGAUCAGACUCUGCCCCCUGCUGGCCGACAGAGGGAACAGCUGCAGUCAGCCUUCAGUUGGUCCUCAGCACCGACCCCCCCGCGCUUCUUCUUUUUCUACUCUUCCUUAAAAGGGAACCUUAGGAUGUCUGCAUCCAUGUAAAGACGAAAAAAGUUCCACAUUUGAAGUAUAAUAUACUAUUUUUUUCUUGUACUUUCAGUGUAUUGAAGUAGAUUUUACUGAGAUGUGAAUUAUAAAAAAAACAAAUGUGAACGA